AUGCACUCUGAGUCGAAGGGUGGCGAGUAUUCUGCUGCCAGCGGUGCGGUGGAAGAGGGCGCCGCGGAGAUGCAUAUGGUGCAUGAAGAGAAGCCACCGGUACGAGAGGAAGAGAGCCCACCGCCGCCGAGCUGGAAUGGCUCGGUACCCUCCUCUGUGGUAGAAGAUGGAGCCUCAGAACUGGUGGACAAAGAAGCAGGAUCCUCGACAAGUUUAACGGAAAAGCACAGUAAUGAGUAUCUUGAGCGGAAAACAUUGAAAAUGCGGAACGGCCAGUCUCUCACCCGACACGCAGCUCCAGAUUGCGUCAACAAGCCCAUCAAUCCCGUCCAGCGCCUAUUGACAAUCCGAUGUGAUCACCCCGAGCUUGUGGCGAGAGAAGAUGUACUGGCCGCUGUGAAGAAAUUCCAGCUUUCUCCAGACCAGCGGGUCACAUGGGAAGGCUUUGCUGAACCCCAAGCCAUCGUGUUCCUUUUCACUCCCAGCUUUGCUACUAUGCUUCAAAACGAUGCAUCACUGGUCGGGGAUAUUGUGCAGACUAUGAAUCAGCAAGUCUCGCCGAAACGGGCAAAAGCCCUUUACACUCACAUAGUCGUGGCAUGCGUUGAUGGCAUAUCUCCACCUCCAGAGAUGAUAUCAUGCGCUAGAGACCGGAUCUCACAAGAAGGAUUCUCGGUACUGCAUGGCCCGUUGGCGGAUACACUUUCGCCUCUCUGGGCAUCAGACGCUCACCGCUUGUUAUCAGACAGCCCGACAAGCCCCUCGAUACAAUCCAGCAUCACUUUUCGCCCAGAUCCGGAUGAUCUACCGCAGGUCACCUUACCACUUGCCAACACUCUCUUCAAAACCGGCCGACGAUCCAUGCUGAAUGUAUCAGAAUGGAGACUCGGCACACAGGAUGAUGACUUCAAAUGCUGCAAAUCGCAUGAAAGAACCAACGUAAAUGUCAAGCUAUACCAUCAUCUGAUGGGGAGCUUGCCCGAGGUUUACAUCCCUGCGAUCCCUUUGACCCCUGCUCGGCAAAUCAAGAAUGGACUCGGUAACAUUGUGCGCACGCUCGACUUUUGCAAUGGCAUCGAGGAAAAAGUUGGGCCAGCUUCUCAAGAGUUGGAGCCCACCGUCACAGAAUUCUUGGAGGUGUUCAAAAAAGAACCAACACAUAUUGGUGUAUGGGCCCUGGUCAUUCCUGAAAAGGCGAAACAUGACCCGAAUUCCUCGAGCCUGCUGGUGGAGUGGGAUUCCGUAAAGGCAAGAUGGAAACCCGACUCGGAUGCCGAUGCGACACACUUUGGCUAUGUAGCGUACUGGAUCAGCAAAGGCGCUACGUUUUGUCGUGUUUUAAGUGGAGGUGGUGGCUGGGGAGCAAAGCAAGGCCUGCUCUCUCUUGAUCCCCAGAAGACGUAUGACGAGAUCCCUGAGGCCCGAUUUGACUUCUCCUAUGGAAGUAUGGAAGAGCAGCAAGCUUCAGCCCUUGGAAACGUCGCUCAAGAGGGUUCAUUCGUCCAGUUCUUUGCCGCUCAUCCUAGCCGCCCUCAAUCCACUCAAGAAUUCUCAAACGGCCCUGCGACGCGAAGUAGCAUUAUUUUUGGAAGUGUUCCCAGCACCGUGGAUGACAUUACUUCUGCCCAACCAUUUGCCAAUGUUCCGGAAGGAAAACAACUUUACGAUCUCAGGCUCGGGCAGUUCGGAUUCGUCUCGGAGUCGGGCUUGUUUAUCCAUCACGGCUCCAGGAAUGUGAAUGCCGCUCUAGCACAAGAUGCGUCAGUUGGCCCGGGCCUGGGUGAGCACUUUACGAAAAUCGACCUUCCUUAUUCGUACCUGCGUAUGGACUUUGCCGGAACAGCAGUUCAACGACGGAUCGAUUCAGGGCCAGGUCCCAUACCAAUCCGAAGAGUCGCGGUAUGA